AUGGGCCCAAAACGAGUGCGCGUCGCAACACAGCCAUUCGAACAGGGCGUCAACCCGGGCGAGCCGCGUCCAUCGAAGAAGCGCAAGCAGUCCUCACGGUAUACUGCCCCCAUACAAGCUACGCCAAGAAAGAGUGCUCGCCGUACUGGCUCAGUCUCUGCCGGAGGACUCGCCUCGCCGCCUCCCACCUUACCUCGUAAUCAGAGCCCGCUCUUCGAGCCCGAGCCGCCGCAUACGCAGCCCGCUGUUGCAAUACAAGCUGAGGAUAUAAUUGAUGGCGAAGAUGAUGGUCUAGAGGAGGAGGAGGAGGAUGGAGAGGACGGCGGCAACGGCGGAGUUGAGGAGGAACAGGAGCUGCCAAAUCUUCCAUCGUCGCCUAUACCUAUUGUUUCUCCUUUCGUUCAUGUUAGAUGGCGGGCUUGCUUUGGUGAUAUGGAGAAGAACGCAAUAACUACAGCGUACAACGUUGCGCGUGAUAAGAAGUUUGACGAUCUCUUCGAAUUUGAGCUGUGGGACUGGGUGGAUAGAGUCGUUGAUGAUUUGAAGCCUCGUAAAGUAAAGAAACCUACGCUUUGCGCGGUAGUAUAUCCAGCUCGUCAGCUCAAGCGCGAUCGUGCAAUCAAAGCGUUGCGUAGAGGCGAUUUAGAGGAUUGGUACGCGCUGAAGGAGUUAGUCAAGGCCAUCGACGAGGCUGCCAACGAGUACAUACAUGUCGACUUCGAUCUCAUGCUCACUGAGGAGUUGAACGAGGCACCACGAGCUGCUAUCAUUGGUGCCAGCGCUCGCGCUCGCCCGGUGACGGCGACGAUGAUACAAGAGGAUGGGAUAGCUGGUGUUCUAGCUGCUGAACGAGCAGGCGGCGGUCAUGCUAUUGGACUUCGAGAUCGAUGGCGCUGUAUAGAUAAGCAUUGCAGUAACUUCCCAUACAGCUGUUGGCUGCGGCCAGGGACGGCGUCGCGAUUCGAAAACCACCUACCUAUUAACGGCAAUAUUAUCGCGAUCUGGGCGAGGGAUAUACACAGCAGAGUAGCAACCUACGACGACCCAACAGAUGAUGUAAAGCUUGCGAUACUAAGGCAGAAGGAUCGCGCGGAUCAUGAGAAAAACCGACGCAAGCGCAGUAGUAGAGGAGGCAAUAAUAGCGGGAGUAGUGGCGAUGAGGAUAUUAAGAGCCUUACUAAAUUGCUGAUUGUCGGGCAACUCAACCAAAUGAAUCGAGAGCCGCUCAGGGAGAUACAACCGCAGGCGCGUAACGCAAACCCAUCUCCGCAAGCACCUCCUAGCGCAUCAGUAUGGGUGCCGAUCGAAUACGAGCAUAUCAAAGAGAUCUUAGAACAUACUGAGAACUUCUGGAGCUCUAUGCGCCGCGAGUAUCCGCACUGGGAUGCUGAGUUUGAGGAUCUAUACGAGACCGUCGUAACAAAAG